AUGACGGUAACUUAUACAGCAGAGGUGGCCACCUGCCGUGGUUUUGGUUGCUUCCUGAAGCUGCUCGUGAGAUGGCGCGGUAGUAUUUAUAAACUAGUAUGGCUGGACUUAACGUGCUUCCUGCUUCUAUACUAUGUGCUCAACGUUACCUACCGCCUCGGAUUAUCAGAGGAUCAAAAACGGAUAUUCGAGGAAAUCGUCAAGUACUGCGCUACGUACAGCAAUCUGAUUCCGCUUUCCUUCGUGCUCGGUUUCUACGUUACCAUCGUAAUGACGCGCUGGUGGAACCAGUACACAAGCAUUCCUUGGCCGGACCCUAUUGCCGUCUUUGUCAGUGCCAACAUUCACGGUCAGGAUGAACGGGGCCGUGUGAUGCGACGUACAAUCAUGCGCUAUGUCUGUCUCUGUCUCACGAUGGUGCUGACGAACAUUUCACCGCGGGUGAAGAAACGCUUCCCGACCAUUGAACAUCUGGUGGAGGCCGGUCUGUUGAACGAGAACGAGCAUACCAUCAUGUCCCAUCUGAAUCAGAAGUUCCCGCGUCACUCGAAGCACUGGUUGCCGAUCGUAUGGGCGGCAAGCAUUGUGACCCGUGCUCGUAAGGAGGGUCGCUGCAGGGAUGAUUUCGCAUCCAAGACGAUCAUCGACGAGCUGAACAAGUUUCGCGGCCAGUGUGGACUGUUGAUAUCGUACGACACGAUCAGUGUGCCGCUUGUGUACACGCAGGUGGUGACGCUUGCCGUGUACAGCUACUUCCUUACCUCGGUUAUGGGUCAACAGUGGGUAGAAACGAAGGAGCUUGGCGAAGGUGUGGUGAACAAGAUCGACCAGUACUUCCCGAUCUUCACCACGUUGCAAUUUUUCUUCUACAUGGGGUGGCUGAAGGUGGCCGAAUCGUUGAUCAAUCCGUUCGGCGAGGACGAUGACGAUUUUGAGGUUAACUGGAUGGUCGAUCGUAACCUGCAGGUUUCCUAUCUGAUCGUGGACGAAAUGCAUCACGAACAUCCCGAACUGCUGAAGGAUCAGUACUGGGACGAAAUCUUCCCGACCGAGUUGCCGCACACAGUGGCGUCGGCGGAAAUUCGCGAGGAACCACCACAACCCUCAACAGCCGACAUCGUGGUGAAGAAGAGAGAGGCCGAAGUCAUCCCGGUAGUGCCAACGGCCGUCCGCAUCGAUGAAAUGGUCGGUAAACAGAACCAAGCGGUUGAGUAUAACUUCCCCGCGAAUCCCAACGACGAUGAGAUGGAUGAUAACGUAAGUGGUAUACACUUUAAUACGUACGAGAAACCCAUCUAUCGUGGUGGCAGCUCGGCCACCAGUCUGGCUAGUGUGGCGGGCACGAUGUCCCGUGUCAACACUGUUACCUCAGCGCUGAAGCGAUUUUUCAGCAAGGACGAAUCGAGUCGCCCGAAUAGUGCCACUCCGGAUGCGACUGGAUCGGUGCCGUUCAAAUUUCCUGGUUCGGCCAGUUCGACGAAUCUCGCCGGUGGUCGAAUUCCCGAUCGGGCAAUGGGUAGCAUGCGCAUAACGGACCAGGUGAUCGAAGAGGUGGACGAACAGUUAACCAUCACGUCGAUGCAGGGCAAUAAUGAUUCUCGGCCAACGGCGGCCAGUUUGUUCGAGCAUGGUCCACCAAAGCCUAGCGAACCGGUCGAUGUACCGCAACAAGCUUACAACCGGACUCAAUCCUCGGUGGCUCAUGGAUUCCCUACGCAGCUGACACCACCUGGUCCAGACACGAUGCUUUCGGCUUCGGCACCGGAAACGGGCCGAUUCGAACACAAUUAUGUGCCACUAAGCCCAACCGAUCCGGAUGCCGUUCCGAUUGUUGCAUCCUCGACGGCGCUCCGUGGUAUGGUCGAUGAAACGGACCGCGUGACUACAACGUUUGAGAACGUGGAAACGGAAAAGGAACAACUGGAACGAAAGACACGCUUGCUGGCUCGUUCGAUUAGCAAGCAGGCUGUAUUGGGACUGAUCGAUGCCGAUAUGCUGCUCGAUGAGCUUACCAAGAGCACGGGUGAUCUGGAAGGUUCGGAAAAGAAAGCCCCGCAAAACACGCCCGAUGGUCCGACGUCUGACAGUAACAGCAAUGUCGAUACGACGUUAUGA